AUGGCUGAUGAACCAUUGGAAGAAGAUAAUGUUGAUAUCGGCAUAUUACAUAUUAAGAGGGGUGCCCUUAAAGGGCGUUUAACUAGAUUAGGGAAAUAUUUAGUGGCGUUAGAUAUCAAUAAUUUAAAUAAUAAAAUUAUUGCACAAGUACGUGUUAGAUAUGAUCAAAUACAGCCUAUUUGGACUGAGUUCCUAGAGGUUCAAGCAGAUAUUGAAGAGUUGGAGAAAAAAUGCGACUCUGACGAACGUGAAAAAUUUGAAGAUUCAUAUUGCGAAUUGAAAACUGGCAAAAGGAUAAUUGUGGAAAUUUUUCAGAAAAAAGAGGAAAGAAAAAUUCUGGAAAAUUGA